AUGGACGAGAACAAGGCCCGCUUCAUGUUCGUCAACACCAACUCCCUCUGGGACGAAAUCGUCGAACAAAUGACCAAGAAGAUCGGCUGCUACUCUCCCUCCAUGAACACUCUCUGGCGCACCGGCGGCUUCCUCACCAAUAGUCACAGCCCUAAGAAGUUCAGGUCUCGCCGGAAGAAGAUCGUCUUCGGACAGACUCAGCCGCCGGACUGCCUCGUGGUUUUCGUCUCCGAGAGGAAGUCGUCGGUGAUUCUCGAGGCGCAUAGGUUGCAAAUUUUGAUUGUUUCGCUUGUGGACUCGGACAUGCCUAUCGAGUACUACAACAAGAUCACGUAUUCGAUUCCGUGUAAUUCCUCGGUGCAAUUUGUGUACCUGUUCUGCAAUUUGAUCACCAAGACGUUCAUGCUUCAGCAGAAGAAAAGCGGCGCCGAUUCUGCCGAAAUUGAGACUAGUGAGCGAGUGGGGGUUAUAGAGGAGGCUAAGAGCGCAAAGAAGGAUGAGGUGCUUAUGGUUCAAUCAAUUAAAGGAUGA